GAUUACAUUCGCGCACAUAUCCCUACUUCUGAAACUGAUCCGUCGAAUGCAUAAAUAGCUUCGCUUUUUUCUUUUUUAAUAACUCUGAUUCACCAAAUAUAUAACAUUUAUAAUACAUACACUUUACACCUUCAUAUAUAUCAUUGCAACUAUAUCUUUUGUUUGAAUUUAUAUAUAAGAGGAAUUAACCUGCUAUCGGAAAAUGUGCCUGAUUCCAAGAACUCGAAAUUCAACUGUGUGCCCAGACAAGCCACAGGCAUCUUAAACAAUUCCACAGAAAUGUCAAAUUUGGCAGAUCCAAAAAUAUCCAUUUUUGAUUUUUUUGCACUUUAAGCAUAAAAGAGGUCUAAUGGAGGGUUCAAAGAAGGGCCAAAAGCCCGUAAAGUUUCCAAAGGCCUUAUUUUCCUCUUGGAACAAAUUAUUUGACCUCUAUGAGAGGACAAAUCAAGAUAUGGAACCCAUUCCUGCAGUUGUAUCUUUAAAACAACUCUUGCGAUCUGAAGAUGCUACAUAUGAACGCCAAGCUGCUUAUAUUAAGGAAACUGCCAAGCUUAUGCAGAAGACAGCUUCGUCAGUGGACAAUCUACAACCUGCUGAAUUAAAACAGCUGAAGUACUUAGUUGAACCUAUUGUCUCUUUGGGAUAUUUUGCAGCAACAGAAAACUUAUCCAGACGCAACUUUAUACCUGUUAUUGACGCUGUAAUCAAAUGUAUUGGGAAUGACAAUACAAUGUUUAACAAAUUAUACUUAGACUACUUAUCAGAAGAACCCAUGGAACCAAGUUUUGAGUCGAAACCUUUGUCAGAGAAAGCUUUGACUGUUUACGCAACACUCAAGUUUACAUUUGGACAGGAAACUGUUAGUCAGCACUACAAGAAAACUCUUGUUUUCUUUUUCAAGGGAUUACAAAAAGCUCAGCAACAGCUAAGCUCAACUAUGAUAGCAAAUACCAACCAAGUGAUGAACGAUAUCGAAUUUACCCUGAAGAGUUUCCUUGUGUUAUUUUCUCGACAAAUGAGUGUAGCAAUUAAAUUGUUCAAAGUAGUCGAACAGAAUCAAAAGGACGACAAGGACGCUAUUUUGUUGAAGGAUAUUAUAAACAAUUUAUUGGAUAUUUGUGUUGAUACCAAUAAAUAUGUCAAAGAAUGCAAUCAGGUUGCUGGAAUGGUCAUUGGAACCAUUAUGAACUUAGCUGCUAAUCCUCAGUUCACUCGUGAUUGGAUUUUAGGCUGGUUCUUCACGACGGGGGAAUCGAAUGCAGCAACAAAACAGAUGAACAACAUAUUUGAUAUAAACUCUUCAACAGAUAAGAGGUUCAAUAUCGAGAAUAACUGGAAUACUCGCGAUGCUCCUAUGAUCUUUAUUUUGCGAGGUUUGGUUUCCAGUCUUCGAAAGGACAUUGUAAUGUUAGAGUGCCCUUCUACAUUGUCGCUGGUCGCCCUUAUUCAAAAUUUAGGAGCCAAAAACUUGCACGAUCUGCUAUUCAACAGUAUAGACCUUUUUUGUGGAAGAGCCGAUCUGGAUCCAACUUGUAAAGUUAUCGCAUUCGAAGCCAUGGCAACAUGGUUACAACAGACAAUCGAGAUUAUGAGAAGCUGCGAUGAUGAAAGUUCAAUAAACACAGUUUCUAAUAAAUUACAACUUAACCAGCUUAUGAUUCUAGUCCAAUAUGUUUGUGAUCACUGGGAAGACCCUAUCGAUUCUAUACAGCAUAAAGUUCGUUCGAUCUUUGAAUUGUCGAUCACAGCUUAUGAGACAAAGACGAAAUUCUUCAACCAGUCUACCGAUUACAACAACUUUAUAUCAGUUUUGUUAAAGUACCUGCUGGCUAUCGACUGGCAUAGAAAAGCAAAGUAUUCACUGCUAAACAUGCUUGUAGAAAAGGCAGAAACAGACCGAUUUUUAGAAGCGGAACCAAAGAUCAUACAAAAGUGCUUAUUAGCCAUGGACAGUCUUGUACUUUGCCCUCAAAUUACAUUUUUCAUCCUUCAGUUUUUGUAUCGACGCAUUCAAGAUAAAAUUCCCGGAUAUGCGAAAUUUAAAGGCCAUAACGGCAAGUUCAAAGACAUCAACGAAAAAAAUGUGGAAAGUGCCAUUGAUGAAUGGAGCGACUUGUGGAUAACAUCUGUAUUAGAGGGUCUUAUGGCAUCUUCUGAAUUGCUAAGAAAAAAUGUCAGUCGUUUUCUGUUGCAACCAUUGUUCAAAAUCGGAUCACAACCAUUUUGGCGUACAGUGCAUAUAUUGGAAGAUGCAAAGCAUCCUAUAUGGACAGAACAACAGCUCAAUGCAGUUUACAGAUUAAACGCAUUUAUUGCUAUUCUCAAAGCAGGUCGUACCCUUGAUUACGUAGAUGGCCAUAGUUAUCAAUACGGUACUGUGGCUGGUAGAAGAAUAUCUAUAGACACGUUAAAGUUGGCUAUUUAUCACAGUGAUCCACAAGUGCGGUUGGAUGUACUUGGUCUUCUCUGCGAAUCUCGGAAAGCGAUUGCUGAAAUAAGUGAUCUGGAGUUUGAACUGUUAAGAUUAUUCUUACCUCUCAAUAUGAACUCCACUAUCCCAGAAUUUCGUCAGCAGUUAGGCGCUUAUAUGACGAAGCUGUUGACCCGCUUACGAGCAAAUUUGUAUUCUCAGUAUAGAAACUAUAAAGCACUCUUGUCCCAUGCCGACAAACAAGCAGAUAGCAGCAGACGAGAUCAUGAUUUAAAGGAUGCGGAACGUAUUAUGUCCUCCAUUAACGCCUCAAAAUCCUUCCUUGAAUGGCUUUUAGAUCAUCUGUCUCAAUCUCUCUAUCCUGGAGCAUCUUACCAGCGCAUUUCGACUGCCCUUCGUCUAGUGAGCAUUAUUAUCAAGACAUUCGGUGUGUCUGAAUUGCCUUCCAUUGAAGGAUUUAAAGACCAGCAACCUGACUUUCCUUUCAAGCUGAACAUUGCUACUCCAGAAAUUGUCAAACUACUUAUUGAUAUAUUGCUGAACCCUUAUGAUUUCAACCGCGUGCAAGCAUACGACAUUCUAUGUCAGCUCCCAAGCCCAUUAAGUGGUAUUGAAUCUAAGCGAGAUGUUCAAGAUCUGUUAUGGUGGGGGCUUAGUAAAGUAGUCAGCACCCGCGCUGGUGAAAGUGAUAGUGGCGCACUCAUCUUCCGCUUAAUUUUCAACAAAUAUGUUAUGGGGUUAGGUUUCGAUUUGCAUCCAGAAGAACAUGCUGCUGUUGUCAACUCUACGGUUCACUCAGACGUAUCAAAAGCUUGCUUGAUUUUUACUGAACGUCUUUUAAAUUUGCUUGAGAGGCAAGUAACUAUUGCCAAGACGAAUCUGUUAUUAGCUGCUCAACAGCACCCUAUUCAUGGUACGCUACUCGCUUUGCAAUAUGUAUUUCAAGAACUAGACUAUGAAAAUGAGCACAUAAGAAAUAACUUGAACGCCUGGAGAAAGGUUCAUACCAGAGUUCUUGAAUUAAUGCAUGUCACUUGCGAAACAACUGUUCCUAUUAUUUCUGAUGCUUCACCUGAAGGCAAUGUACCAUCUGAUUAUCGUGGUGAUGGCGAUGAAGAGGAUGAGGAGAUUGAUAUAGCUGAUGAUGAUAAACAAGGACCUAAACACCAAGUCAUUUUAAGUUGUUGCUGGAGAGCCGUAAAGGAAGUCAGCUCAUUGCUGAAGGUCUUUAUUUCAAAAGCGCCCGCAACGACUGCAUAUAAUGAAAAGGCCAGUAGAGUGGCCGUCCUUACUUACGACGACCUCAUCAAGUGUGGUGAUCUUUUACGCCAUUUGUUAACCAAUAUCAGACAUCGAGGUGCAUUCUCGGCUGUUUAUCCCGCUUACGUAUCUUUGAAUACCCGUUUACUAACAUGUGGAGAUACGGAUUUGGUUCAAUUACCUGCACAAUGGCUACAAGAAAACUUGGAUAGCCUCACUUCUAGUAACAUUUCGAUUACUAGACGUAGUGCAGGCCUUCCACUGUGCAUUCUUGCUAUUGUUAGCAGUGAAUCUUCAGUGAAAAGGGAGUUGUUAAAUCGAGCAAUGAAUUAUUUGAUGCAGUUGGCACGUGAAAUCCCACCAGAAAAUGCAGAUCAAAGAAUCGAUCUGCCGCAAGUCCAUGCUUAUAACAUCAUGCGCUCCAUAUUCAUGGAUUCGAAAUUGGGUUCUUAUGUUUUGGAAUAUGCUUCGAAAGGUUUCUCGCUAGCCAUUGGUGGCUUUUCUUCUCGCAGUUGGGCUAUCCGCAAUUGUUCAGUUAUGUUAUUCUCCACACUAUUACAAAGAACAUUUGGUACAAAGAAAAUCAGAGACGAACACAGUCAUGUCAAUACACUUACUGGCCGUGAAUUUUUUGUUCGAUUCCCUGACCUUCAUCCUUAUCUCAUAAAGCAAUUGGAAAUUGCAGUCGAACAACUACUAAAUAAUUCGCUGGCUGCAAGUGUUCAUCCUGGGCUUUAUCCUAUCUUGACUUUGCUAUCUCGAAUGCAACCCUCCUCUUUCGACUUGGAAGAAGAAGAAAGUGUCCUCAAUCCGUUUAUUCCGCUCGUUUCAGCUUGUGCAGCAAGUGCUAUUUAUAAGACCCGUGAAAUGGCUGCAAGAGCAUUGGUCCCAUUGGUGUCUAAUGUUACCCCUACACUUGAAAAACUAUUUGAUAUUCCAGAACAAAGCACUCAAAAUGAGAUCCAUGGCCGCCUACUUCAGGUUCAAUUCUUGUUACGCGGUCACUUUUCAACGAGUAACAGCAGCAUAAACGUGCUCAUUCAAUUUGUGAAAGCAUUGCCUGUAAUGGUGGAAAAAAUCAUUAACCGUCUAAAAGGAGGGUACCUUUGCAAUAUGAAUAGCGCAUUGCUGCUGAACAUAUUAAACGAGUUUGCUUUCGGAACUGAGUGGAUCAAUAGCGGACAGGAAGAUGAUAAGCUCAAGCUAGAAUUGAUACAAUUGUCUGACACAGUGUUGAUUGAUUUAAGGGCCACUCUUAAAGCGCUCUGUACAGACGCUAUCAGAAGCAAUCAAAUUAGUGGUUUCGGUUCAUAUCUUUUUAGAGAAAGUAUUGCAAACAUCAUCAUUACAACCACUCUGAAUGACACAAAGGUCAACUUGGACACGAUGUUGUUUUUACUUGCAGACAAGGAUUACGAAGUUCGUCUUACAACUGUACAAAGGCUGACGGCUUUUAUUCAGCAUAAUGUUAGUGAGGAAAUUGAAAUUACUGGAAAGAAAGACUUGCAAGCUACGUUAUUACAGAGAAUAUACAGUGGUGAAGACAAUCUCAAUUGUUUUGUCGCUACGGCCAAUCUUCUGAUUUAUUUGAAUUCCAAAGAACCUUAUCCGUCUGAUAUGGAUUUGCCCUUUACACUUGAACAAUAUUGGGACAGAUUAGUCGAGCAAUUCGAAUCAAAGUCAGCCUUAUCUGUUACUGAGUCUGUGCUUCCUUUAUUAGGAGCUUUGUUAACUCAAAUACUACACACUUAUAAUACGCACCAAACAUGGGUAAAAACAUGUCUUACAUUGUGGAGCGGAUAUAUUGCAAAAUAUAGUCAGUCGCACGUUACCUUACCUUUGCGAGAGGCUGUUGUUAAAUCGCUACAAUAUUCUGCAGACAAUUUGUUCGCCGGAAAUGAAGAAGAAAACGAUUUUAAGGACAGCAAUGCUGCGAACGCCCGUAUAAAUGCACUUUUGACCAUAAUACGACUUCUUCAAGACGACGAUGCAGAUGUUCGUGAUGAUGUUGCGUUUAUUGUAUCCAAAGCUCUUGGUUUAGAAGCUCCUGUUCAUCACGAACGUGCCUUGGAGGUUGUGCACAAAUACCUUACUAAUCGUUUUGCGGAUUCUGAAUUUCUUAAGGCUAUUUGUGCUAAACAUUUAGCAGAUGAGGCUAGUUUAGGUGAGCUUCACAGGCAUAUGAACAAUACACGAACUUAGUGAUACUAACAACUUAAAAUAGAAACUGCACUGAAACAAGAGCUGUCUCAAUCCAAAGUGUUAUUUAUGAAAGAAAAUCCCAAUAUUUACAAAGAAGAUCUGGUAGACAUACAAUUGGCCCAUAUGGAUUUGAGUAUACUUUCAACAAAAUCCGAACCCCU